AUGGCACAGUACAAGCUGCAGGUGACUACGGGCAGCGUGCCGCAUGCAGGCUCUAUUAACAGCCUGUAUGUCACUCUGAUAGGAACCGGGGGUCAAAGUGAACGCACGCAGCUCACCAGCGCAGGUUUGAAUUUCCAAGUUGGACAGACUAGGAGCUACACGGUGACUACCCUUUUCUCUCUGGGGUGUCUUCUAUUGCUCAAGCUGGAGAAAGGCCCUUAUCGUGAGAUCCAUGACGACGAGUGGUUGUGCUCCAAGAUAGUAGUGAGGACCCCUGAUGACGACGCCAUCCUUUUUCCUUGCCACAGAUGGGUGGCUGGGGGCGAGCAUGUGGUGCUGAGGGGUGGGAGAGCUACAAAAGAUUUUGAGGAUGACCAUCCUCUCCUGAUAGAACAGCGGAAAAAAGAGUUGGUGCUUAAAAAACAAACGUACCGAUGGGAUCUGUACGCAGAAGGGGUCCCGUUUUGCAUCAACAUUAAAGAUCCGUUGGCCCUCCCUGCAGAAUUCCGCUUCUCUUUGGCCAAAAGCUUAGAAUUUGACUCUACAAACCUGGCAGGAUCAGUCGAGCUUUGGCUGAAGGGUUUGACGCAUCCUACUGGGCAAUGGGACGAGUUGGAGGACAUCAAAAAGAUCUUCUGGUUCAGGAGGAUGCCCAUCUCAGAGUACGUCUCCAAACACUGGAAGGAGGACGAACUCUUUGGAUACCAGCUGCUGAAUGGAGUCAACCCCAAUGUGAUCCAGCGCUGUCCGGAGAUGCCCUCCAACUUCCCCGUCACAGACGAGAUGGUGAAGCCCUUUCUAGCUAAUGGCACCUCUCUGGCCGUGGAGAUGAAAAUGGGCAACAUAUUCAUCUGUGACUAUAAAAUAAUGGAGGGUUUGCCGACUAAGGUUAUUGAUGGCAAGCCAGUGCCUCUGACAGCUGCCCUCACCCUGCUGUAUUUGAACAGAGAGAAGAAAUUGAUGCCAAUUGCCAUCCAGUUGAGUCAGCAGCCCACAAACAAUACCCCCAUUUUCCUGCCUAGUGACUCAGAGAUGGACUGGCUAUUGGCCAAGCUGUUUGUCAGAAAUGCAGAUGUUCUCCAUCACCAAUUUGUCAGUUAUUUCCUCAAAACUCAUUUACUGUCGGAGGUCUUCGCAGUGGCCACGCUUCGAAACCUCCCUACAGUUCACCCCCUAUACAAGUUGCUGAUCCCCCAUCAUCGACACACCCUGCAUAUUAACAUCCUUUCCCGUGCCAGAUUAUUUGGGCCUGGUAGACUUUUGGAGAAUAGUUCGCUUGAAAUCACUGGAUCAAUAGAGUUGUGGAGGAGGUCUCUCUCCGAGACCACCUACGGCUCUCUGUGUCUGCCAGAGAACAUCGUAGCUCGAGGACUGGAGUCUGUCCCCAACUUCUACUACAGGGAUGAUGGACUGAGACUGUGGAGCAUCAUCAACAGCUUUGUCACAGCAGUGGUAUCGUAUUAUUACCCUUCAAACGGUGAAGUGACCAGAGAUUCUGAGCUCCAGGAAUGGAUCAGCGAGAUCUUCACCUAUGGGUUUCUGGAAAACACCAGCUUGGGAAUCCCUGAAAGCUUUGAAACGGUGGAGGAAGUGAUCAAGUUUGUCACAAUGGUGAUCUAUACAUCCUCGGCUCAGCAUGGUGCCUUUGGUGGUGGGCAGUUUGAUUAUUUAAGCUGGAUCCCGAACGGGCCCUUCCUACUGCGCAGAGCCCCCCCGGCUAUGAAGGGCCAGUCUAGCAAAGACUCGGUUUUAGAGACGCUCCAAGAUGUAGCGGCGGGGUCUCAUUUUCUGUCGGCUCUGUGGCUGCUCAGCAAGCAAUACAAUGACUUUGUUCCUUUGGGAACUUAUUACGAUGACCACUUUGACGAGGCCGCCCCCAAGCAGAUGAUCAAGGACUUCCAGAGGGAGUUGUCCUCUCUGAGUGUCGCUAUUGCCAAGAGGAACUCGCAGCUUCAUCUGCCUUACAACUACCUGAACCCUGCUAAGGUCCAGAACAGUGCAACAGUUUAA